CCGGCGCUGUUGUUGGCUUGCGGGGCCUCCGAGGGGCGUUCUCCGGAGGGCCGCCGGUGCAGGCCGCAGUGACAGGGCCGCUCGCCUCCGCGCCCCCCGCCCGCCUCUCCGCCCGUGCAGCGUCGGCCCGCGGCCUCCACCACGCGCAGGCCCAACAUGGCGCAGGAGGUGUCGGAGUUCCUGGGCCAGAACCCGCGGGUGGCCGCCUGGGUGGAGGCGCUGCGCUGCGACGGCGAGACUGACAAACAGUGGCGCCACCGCCGGGAGUUUCUGCUCCGCAACGCCGGCGACCUGGCGCCCACGGGCGGCGAGGGCGGCCCGGACGCGGAGGAAGCGGCCGACGCCGAGGGCGGGCCGCGCAGUCGGCCGCUGCAGCAGCUCGUCUCCUUCUCCAUGGCCUGGGCCAACCACGUCUUCCUCGGGUGCCGGUAUCCUCAAAAAGUUAUGGAUAAAAUACUUAGUAUGGCGGAAGGCAUCAAAGUGACAGAUGCUCCCACCCAUACCACAAGAGACGAACUGGUUGCCAAGGUGAAGAAAAGAGGGAUAUCGAGUAGCAAUGAAGGGGUAGACGAGCCGCUGAAAAAGCGAGUCAUGGAAGGAAAAAACAGUUCUGCAGCUGAGCAAGAACUUGCGAAAACGUCGGCCAAGACAGAACGCGCAUCAGCCCAGCAGGAAAACAGCUCAGCGAGUACUGGGUCCUCUACCAAGGCCGAGAGCAGUGGGUCCUCGGCUCGGGGCUCUGGCUCGAGUCAGAACAGCUCUGCGAGUGAGGGAGACCGGCCUGUUUCCAGCCAAAGCGGCGGCAGCGUUUCCUCUCAGGUAACAGUGGCAGGGUCUGGAAAAGCUUCUGAAGCAGAGGCUCCAGAUAAACACAGUCCGGCAUCGCUUGUCUCUUCAUUGUUGAAAUCCAGUGUAAAUAGUCAUGUGACCCAAUCCGCUGAUGCCAGACAACAAAGUGGAUCACCUAAAAAGAGUGGUUUGGAAGGCUCUGCAGUGUCCGCUUCCCAAAGUGUGACAGAGAUAGAGGUGCCCUUGCUGGGCUCCUCAGGAAGCUCAGAGGUAGAGUUGCCGUUGUUGUCUUCUAAACCUUGUUCAGAGACAGCUUCCAAAACUGGUUCCGAGGCCAGCGUUUCCUCUUCGGUUUCUAAAAACAGUUCCUCAUCAGGCACAUCCCUGCUAACCCCCAAGGGCGGCAGCAGCUCAACAAGUACAUCAGUGCUGACUUCCAAAAGCUCGUCACAGGUAGCUGCAUCACUGUUAGCUUCUAAGAGCAGCUCCCAGCCCAGUGGGUCUCUGGUUUCCAAAAGCACCUCCUUAGCGAGUGUGUCCCAGCUAGCCGCCAAGAGUAGUUCUCAGACUAGCACGUCACAGUUGCCUGCUAAAAGUACUUCACAGACAAGUGAGAGUGCUGUCAAGUUCUCCUAUUGCAAGUUAACCACUGAAGAUGUGAAGCAGAAGCAGCCUUUUUUCAACAGACUGUAUAAAACAGUGGCGUGGAAGUUGGUAGCUGUUGGUGGCUUCAGUCCCAGUGUGAAUCACGGAGAGCUCCUGAACGCAGCGAUCGAGGCUUUGAAAGCAACACUGGAUGUGUUUUUUGUCCCGCUGAAAGAACUGGCAGACCUGCCUCAGAAUAAGAGCUCUCAGGAAAAUAUCGUUUGCGAGUUGAGGUGCAAGUCUGUGUAUUUGGGUACUGGCUGUGGGAAAAGCAAAGAAAACGCAAAAGCUGUUGCAUCGAGAGAAGCGUUGAAGUUGUUUCUCAAGAAGAAGGUGGUGGUGCGAAUAUGUAAAAGGAAAUACCGAGGCAGCGAAAUAGAAGACCUGGUGCUCCUUGAUGAAGAAUCCAGGCCCGUGAACUUGCCUCCAGCGUUAAAGCAUCCACAAGAACUGCUAUAACACGCCCUCAGCAACGCUGCGGGCACCUGGCGUUUGAGGAGAAAAACUGGCCCUUUUGUAUGAUAUAAAGCAGAGGCUUUCACAAAUUUUGUAUUGCUUUUUUCCAGUUUUGCAGAAAAUUUACAUUCUAGUUCUCUUCACACAAUAGAAGUUGUAAAUAAUUUAUGGUGACAGUAGGCUGAGGCGUGGGCAGCGUACGGGGUGGUGCUUUGUUUGCUUACGAGGAGACUCUUCUAUUUUUAAUGCCACACUAGGUACGAUGUGUAGUUCUGUAGUCACGAGCCUUUUGUACUAUUUUCAGUUUGGUGGAAAUGUGUUAAGUUGUCUACCAUGCUUUUUUCUUUUUUUAGCUAAAUAAACCACAUCAAAAGAAAAGGGGACCUUACUAUUUGAAUGUCUGAAAGCCUGUGAAUCUUAGGGUUUAAAGAUUGUUCAAAUGUCUGUUAAAGAAUAAAAGAAAAAAUAGUUGCCUCAGACUAUUUUUAUGAGAAGUUGUAAGCAUUUUUUUAGAUAUAAAGCAGUAUAAAGUACUUAAGGUUAUUUUAUUCCGAAGUUGUUUAAAAUUCACCAUGAUUUUGACUGCUGCAGAUUCUUUAAGUGGAUUAAUUUAUGUUUUCAGGUAAAACAAUUUACACUUUUUCUUAAAAGACAUAAACGUGGGUUUCUAUAUUAAGCAUAUUUUGUGACUACUAUUAACAGAUUGAUUUGUUUAGAUAUUAAA